AUGAAAUGCGCAAUUACUCGAUCGAACGGGCAAAGUUCUACCACCUACAAAGAAAAGCCAGAGUUCUUUAGCCGGACAUUGGAGCUCUAUUCUUCGCCCACAGGUGGCCAAAGCUACGACAUCGUCUGUGCCCUCCAGGGCGUCACAGAGGAUAACAGAGUCGAGCUGCCUUUCGAGUUUACAUGGCCCGAACGCACAGAACUAUCGCCUGGCUCUAAAUGGCUACCAAAUCCUUCCUUUGAGCACGAAUGUGGAGGACCCCUCCCGCCUACUUACUACCGAGGUUCGUCGAACGAGCAACUGGUGGAAUAUUUUCUAGAAGCGAGACUCUAUACGGGCGGGAGAUAUAACGCGGCACAGGAAGUCAGGUGCCCGCUCAACUACCGACCAUCUCCGUCUAUACCAAGUCCUAUCCCACAGGUCCCAGACGCUCGUACCAUCUAUUCUAGAACCGGCAUAAUCGCUCGCACACAUCGACUGCAUCCAGAAUACGAUCCGGACGAAGGCUGGCGUGCAAGGAUCAAACACAGCUGGAACAAGGAUAAAGACACAACGCCUUACGCCAACUAUAAGAUCGACGUCUCAUGCCCUAGUGUGGUGACUUCUGGACAGCCAGUCAUUUUGUCUUUAUCUCUCGUCCAUCUUGAGCGCUCGAAAGAUAUCCCCGAUCCUCCGCCUGUCUAUCUCCGCCGGAUUAGCGUCAGACUGUCUAGCUGCUUGAGGGUCCGUAUACCUUCUCGCUCACUCUUCGGCUCCAGCGACAUGGAUGAGAGCCAUAAUGAUAAGCACAUCUUUUUGGAAAAGAGUUUCAAUAUGGGCGAAGGACUCUUGAUGUAUGACGGCAUGACUGCAACUACAGCUGAAGUUCCGUUACGGCUCGCCCCAGCUUUCAGUACGUACGGUCUAGAACUGACACAAAAGCUCAAAGUGGAGCUCUGGGGCGAAUGUGCUAGGGAGAAGUUCCGCUUUACGCCUAUACAGGGGCCUAUCUUGGUCGUAGCAUGCGGUAAUGCUCCGUCUCUGCCACCACCCCCAACCCCAGCUCAUAAGGACGCGAAAGCUACUGAAAGUGCAGCCGAAGCACCGCCGUCAAUGGAGGAAGACACCGCGCCACCUCCAUAUCAAGUACUGGAUAAGAGCUAG